AUGGAUGAUCGUUACACCUCUAAAUUGUCUCCUGCUGUUGAUUAUGGUGCGGGGACAUUCUUGUUGUUGGUUGCUAUCCUCUCUAUCCUGGGUAAUGCGGCUGUUCUGGUAACAGCCGCCCAGCGUCACAGUGUCCUCAAAGCCCCUGAGCUCCUCACGGUCAGUCUGGCCGUGACAGACAUUGGCAUGGCUAUCAGCAUGUACCCACUGUCAAUCGCCUCCGCCUUCAACCACGCUUGGAUCGGAGGCAAUCCUUCCUGCCUGUAUUAUGGCCUGAUGGGUAUGAUUUUCAGCGUGGCCAGCAUCAUGACUCUGGCCGUCUUGGGGUUGGUGAGGUAUCUGGUUACAGGUAACCCUCCACAAUCAGGCAAGAAGUUUCGAAGAAGAACUAUAAGUAUAUUGAUUGCUGUCAUCUGGCUGUACUCAUUGCUCUGGGCUGUGUUUCCUCUGCUGGGCUGGGGAGGAUAUGGGCCAGAACCCUAUGGUUUGGCCUGUUCUGUGGACUGGGCCGAGUACCAAAACUCCUUUAAUGGCUCUUCCUUCAUCAUGGCUUUGGCCAUCCUGUGCACCUUGAUCCCAUGUGGGGUCAUCCUGUUCACCUACUCUGGCAUCGCCUGGAAGCUUCACAAGGCCUAUCAGUCAAUCCAGAGCAAUGAUAACCUGCCCAGCUCAGGCAGCAUUGAGAGAAAGGUCACACUGAUGGCCAUUCUGAUCAGCGCUGGCUUUAUCAUCUCCUGGGCGCCCUAUGUGGCCAUCAGCCUUUGGACCAUGUUUCACUCCGAGGGCAAUUACAGAGUAUCGCCCAUUGUCAGUUUGCUACCCUGCCUCUUUGCAAAGUGCUCAACGGUGUACAACCCUUUUGUUUACUAUGUUUUUCGCAAGUCUUUCCGGAGGGAGCUGCGACAGAUCCGACUGUGUUGUUGCCACCACUGCUGGGAUGCUACAGACAGACUGACCCUCUCAAGAGGAGGACAACAUUCAGAAGAACCUAGCAGGGUACAAAAGCAAGAGAGAGCCAAGGAGUGAGAGCACAAAAUGGUAGAGGGCAGACGAUUCACCCCUGAAAAAAGACUGAGUGAUGAGGAGAUGGUCUCCGGUGAAUAAAUAUGAGGAAACAGGCGGCAGCUUGCAUGAUCGUUGCAAACUGGCAUGUUUGGACUUGGGCGAGUGACAUUUUCAAGAGCAUCAUGUCUGGAUCUGAAGAAUACAGUAGGCCCACUAAUAUGUAAAAUUAUAUACAUGACAGGCUGAAAGGGAAAAAUUCUAACAUCAUGAGAAUUUCAAUGAUUUCAUGUUCUUAGCAACAAAAAAUCCACCACACAAACCAAAUUGUGGUUGGCACCAAUUUAAUGUGUGAUUAUAUAUAUAUAAUUUUUUUUUUUUUUUUUUUUACCUUGGUUUUGUUCAUGGUUUUCGAAGAUGAGGGCACACCAUGUAACCUGUCCGUGUAUACAUUUUUCUAAUUUGGGUGCACAGUAA